CUCCGCCCCGGCCGGGGCCGACGGCGGCGCGGGAGCGCUGGGAGUCCCGCCCGCACGGGCACGGGCGCGCACACGCACUCCACACACACACGCACGCGGAAGUGCACCCCGAGCUGGCUCGCAGCCCGGCGCCGCCGCCGCCGAGGCCGCCCCGGCGCAGCGUGCAACAUGGCGCUGGUGCCCUGCCAGGUGCUGCGCGCCGCCAUCCUCCUGUCCUAUUGCUCCAUCCUGUGCAAUUACAAGGCCAUUGACAUGCCCGCGCAUCAGACCUAUGGAGGCAGCUGGAAAUUUCUGACCUUCAUAGACCUGGUGAUCCAGGCUGUCUUCUUUGGGAUCUGCGUCUUGACCGACCUGUCCAGUCUUCUCACUAAAGGAAAUGACAGUCAAGAGCAAGAGAGGCAGCUGAAAAAACUCAUUUCCCUCCGUGACUGGGUGAUGGCUGUUCUAGCUUUCCCUGUUGGAGUGAUUUUGCCUUCCUCUGUGGUGACGUGGUGGCUGUUACGGGAACCUGAGCGAGCAGUGGUGCAGUUGCCUCCUGAACUCUGUUCUCCAAGGGGAGUCUUCCCUGAUUUUCAGUUUCCACUCCUUGUGAUUUCCUUCAUUGUCCUUUUUCAAAUUCAUUCACUGUAAUGCUAUGCUAGGACUAGAUCCCACCUAAAGCCAGUACCGUGCCAAUUUGUACUUACUGUGGUCUGGCUUUAAUAACACUUUGCUUCUAUAUAUAAUGCCUUUAACCCUCAAAGAGGCUCACAAUGUAUUUAUACUCGCAGUUAACCACAAAUGUCUUGGGAGAUAGCCAGAAAUCUUACCUUUAACUGUACUUAGAAGAAAUUUUCUCGAGGUUUUUUUUUUCUUUGUCAUGAGGCCUUCCAGGAAAUGAGUGAACUGAACUGUGCAGCCCAGCCAAAAACAAAAACACAUACUGCAGGAAAAUAAAGUUCCACUGGGUUCAUUCUUCGUUUGCAUAACAUUUCUUGGUUGGGCUCAUGUAAAACAGCAAAUUAUGCAAUUCUUUUCACUGGCUUCCCUCUCUUAGUUUCUUUUUGCUUCCAUUUGUGGUGUUUUGAUAAAGCCACUUGUUUUCCCUUUUGAAUCACCAACUGUUUCCCAACUUGUCCUUUAAAAUUUUUCCCUUGGCAGUGCCACAUGCUCUUCUCAUGUCCUCUGAAGCUUUAGAGACAGAGGACAAAAACUCAAGGAAUAUCUCCUUAAGUGGGAAAACAGAGUUUAGUUUUCAGCCUUAUUUUUUUUCCUGCUGCUAUUUGUUUAGCAAUACUUUAGAUGCCUGUGACAAGUGAGCUACUCCCUAUUUUCAAACAGUUUCCAAGGCCUCUUGCAAAUUUGAGGUUCCCUUUGGUCUGUAAUGACCCUAGAUAGGAUAAGUAGCAAAUGAGAGACUCUUCUGUUCUUUUAUAUGUUCCUUAACCUUAUGUUUAACAAAGUAAUUGCUGUCUUUGGAAAGCUGGCAAUCUUAGGAGGCUCCUGUGCAAAGAAGUGUAAAAGCAAUUGCUGAUGCCUGUUUUCUUCCUUGAAUUCCAGGCCUUGAGUUUGUCUAAGGAGGAAGUGGAAGGGUGACAUUUGUGCCAUUUUGCCUUGGGAACAAAAUAAAAUAAAAUAAAAGUAUGGGGCUUCCUGAAAUAUGUCUGCUGCAUAUGAGCAGCUUGUUCAGCCUGUCAUGUGAGGGUAGUACCAUGACUGUCUCCACAAUAGUGAUGAAUUGUGCCACAAAGAAGGCAGCAUGAGCAUAAGAGCUGCAAUUCUGAUUGAGCCUUACAUAGGCAGUGUAAAGAAGCAGCUCAGUUGUAUCAUGGUCUGGCACUGCAUGACCAUGUGUGAUCUUGGCAAAGCCCAGCCCAAAUAAAAGUGUGCCAGUACCAAAGUGUAAGCAUAGUAGAGGUGAUUUAAACUUAACCAGAUGAGACCAAACAAAUUCAGAAGCAGCCAAGGUAGCUGAGUAGCAGGUCCUCAUUAUAGUUCUUUUUAUCCAAAUAGUUCAUUUUUAUAGUUCAUUUUAGUCCAUAGUGCAAUAGUUCAUUUUAGUUCAUAGUGCAAUAGUUCAUUUUUAUAGUUCAUUUUAUCCAAAUGAACUAAUUGUAAGGAAAGGUAAGGUGAACCAUUCAGACACGGGAAGGGAUCUUCCCCAGGGCAUUGCAUUAGUCUCAUGUCGGGUCAUCCUCCAGGAUAGGUUAGUUCUGUAACACCUUGGGUUUUGUGCACUUCCUUUACCUUAUGUCUGCCUUGUGAUAGUGCUUUGCUAAGCAGCAUUUGCCGUCUGUAGCUCCAGAUGGUUGCAACCAGCUAGGCUUGAUCCCGUUCCAUCCAUUGGCUGACUUUGGUUAAGGGACAGAUGGCAUGUCCCCUCUUUUCUUAUCUUUACCUCCUUGGCAAAGUCUAUUGUUUUAUUCUGCUCCACACAAAUAUCACAAGUCAAAACAUGGCAGCUUUGUUGUAUUCAGUGUAAUAAGGUUCAACCUAAUCCUGGUUGAUUUUUCUUGCUGUAAGACUUCCUUGGAGAAAAGCAUUAUCAUCUUGGUCUUCAUGUGCCUGAGAACAUGUUUUUAUGUCCCAGUUGGUCUUAGCAGGUUCUCAGAGACCCACUGUGAUAAUACAUGACUUCUAGGAAGCCUAUAGAGAAGAGGAUACUUUGCUUCCAUUUUCCCUGCUGUUCAGCUAUUCAUAUCUUGGCACUUACGUGUCAGCAGGUGCGUAAAGAGCUAGGCUGUGCCAAUGCCAAGACUGGCCCAGAAGAGAGACUUCUUGUGGGGUACUUUACACUUGCAAUAUUUUUCGGGCUGUCCAUCAUAACCUAUUUUUUUUUCCUGGCCUCUGUGUGCUAGUCAAAUAGUCCAAGCUUAUUCUGAGCAGGCACUGAUAGCUAUCAUAACAGAUGGACAAGUGUGCUGGAAACCAAGAAACUAUGUACUGUAUGCACACUGAGGGAACAGUGUACUGGUUCAGGUCAUUCACAUAACUGGGUGGCCGAUGUCUGCAUGUCUGUGGUUAGAACAAGGUGCCAUUGAUAAACUGCAACCUCAAUUUUAACUUCCCAAAGUCAGAAGCAUAUGAAACAACUUACGCCUAUGCUAUCACACGCACUAGUAAUUUGGUGACCUUGCCGUGCUCACCCCAUAUUUCUUGCACUUUCUUUUACUGACACCCCAAAUUAGCUGUAAGAUCAUGGGCCACAUCGGUUGGAUGUAACUGAAUACUUCCCUGCUGAUCUCAGUGAAAGUUGUAUCUGUUGCCUCUCAAACUUUAAACUUGGACUUGUCACUACUGUGUAGAGAUCCCCUGAAA